AUGCCGUCCGACCAGAGCACCUGGCUCAUCGCCGUCCCCGCAGACGGCGACUCUCUCUCCUCUCUCCAGGCAAAGCUCCCAAACGGCGGCAAGAGCCCCAACCUCGCCCCUCUCCCUCUCCCCCAGUUCAAGACAGGCACCCUCGAGUCCCUCGUCUCCCUCUCCGAAGAGCUCCCAAAGUACGACGCCUCCUUCACCGCCACCGUCGCAAAGUCCGUCGACACUCUCCGCAACCUCCUCAACAACGAUCCCGCAAAGCUCGCCCAGCACAUCCAGGUCAACGAGGAGCCCGUCGACACCUACCUCCUCCACCACUGGCACUGGAACGACGGCCGCUAUGGCACCCAGCGCCCCAUAAAGGACAUGGUCGACGUCCUCAACAAAGAAAUGUCCUCCAUCGACAACGUCAUGAAGGUAAAGCUCAACACCUACAACCUCGCAAAGGGCCAGCUCGUCCAACUCCAGCGCAAAAAGACCGGCAACCUCUCCGUGCGCUCGCUCGCCGACGUCGUCCACCGCGACAACUUCGUCCUCGACUCCGAAUUCCUCGAGACCGUACUCGUCGCCGUCCCCAGGAACCUCGUCAAAGAUUGGACCGCCAAGUACGAGCGCCUCGCCCCGCUCGUCGUCCCCCGCUCCGCCACGCAGCUCGCGGCAGACGACGAGUACGCGCUCUUCGCCGUCGUCCUCUUCAAGAAGUCGCACGACGCGUUCGCGCACCAGUGCCGCGAGAGCCGCUACGUCGUCCGCGACUUCGCAUACUCGGACGCGCUCCUCGAGCGCCAGCGCGAGGAGCUCGCCUCCGCCGACUCCGCCGAGAAGGAGCUCUGGACAGAGCUCCUCCGCCUCGCGCGCACCAACUUCUCCGAGGCGUUCCAGAUCCUCGUGCACCUCAAGGUCCUCCGCCUCUUCGUCGAGAGCGUCCUCCGCUACGGCCUCCCCGCCUCCUACUCCGCGUUCUUCGUCAAGCCCGAGCCCAAGGCGACGAAACGCACGCUCUCGGCGCUCCAGACGCACUUUGCGCGCCUCGGCCGCCGCGCGUCCAACGCGAAGACGAACGCGAAGACGGAUGGGGGCGAGGGCGCGGGCGAGUACCAGGCGCUGCUCGAGCAGGAGUACUUUGACUUUGUGCUCUUCGAGGUGCCGUGGAUCGUUUUCUAG